UAGUAAUUAGCCCCGGCUCUUCCGCUACGGAAACCCCUUGAAACUACAUCUCCCAGCAUGCUCUGAAGCUGGUCUGACCUCAUCUCAAAUGGCCCCGUAGGGCAACAAGGAUGGUUAGUUUUGACCGUGCUUAUUUGUGCCGUAAAAUAUCGAUCCUAAUUGGCAGCUGUUUGGGCUUUUAUAUUUGCCUAUCUCGCGUUUUUGAACUGUGGGCACUAAAUGAAGGGGUUCUGACCUGGGAAGGCCCAUGCAUUCCUUCAGUUGGAUGCAGAGUGGGGACAGUGUCUCUGGCGAUCUCGAAAAUAGGAGGGAAUGUUGACCAGGGAGCACCGCUGCGGCCGAUCAGAGGAGCAGGAACCGGAGCUCGGGCUGAGUCCGAGAAAAGCCGGAUCCGGACGGUGGCUCUGGAACGGCUGGAAGUGGAAGAUGGAGGAGUCGGAGGAACCGGCGGACAGUGGGCAGUCGCUGCCCCCGGUUUACAUCUACAGUCCCGAGUAUGUCAGCAUGUGCGACUCCCUGGCCAAAGUCCCCAAACGGGCCAGUAUGGUACAUUCUUUGAUUGAAGCAUAUGCACUGCAUAAGCAAAUGAGGAUAGUUAAGCCCAAAGUGGCCUCCAUGGAGGAAAUGGCCACCUUCCACACCGAUGCCUAUCUGCAGCAUCUCCAGAAAGUCAGCCAAGAAGGAGAUGAUGAUCAUCCGGACUCCAUAGAAUAUGGGCUAGGUUAUGACUGCCCAGCCACAGAAGGGAUAUUUGACUACGCAGCAGCUGUAGGAGGGGCUACAAUCACAGCUGCCCAAUGCCUGAUUGAUGGAAUGUGCAAAGUAGCAAUUAACUGGUCCGGCGGGUGGCAUCAUGCAAAGAAAGAUGAAGCAUCUGGUUUUUGUUAUCUCAAUGAUGCUGUCCUGGGAAUAUUACAAUUGCGACGGAAAUUUGACCGUAUCCUCUAUGUGGAUUUGGAUCUGCACCAUGGAGAUGGUGUAGAAGAUGCCUUCAGUUUCACCUCCAAAGUCAUGACAGUGUCUCUGCACAAAUUCUCCCCGGGAUUUUUUCCAGGAACAGGUGAUGUGUCUGAUGUUGGCCUAGGGAAGGGACGGUACUACAGUGUAAAUGUGCCCAUUCAGGAUGGCAUACAGGAUGAGAAGUAUUACCACAUCUGUGAAAGUGUACUAAAGGAGGUAUACAUAGCCUUUAAUCCCAAAGCAGUCGUCUUACAGCUGGGAGCUGAUACAAUAGCUGGGGAUCCCAUGUGUUCCUUUAACAUGACUCCAGUGGGAAUUGGCAAGUGUCUUAAGUACAUCCUUCAGUGGCAGUUGGCAACACUCAUUUUGGGAGGAGGAGGCUAUAACCUUGCCAACACGGCUCGAUGCUGGACAUACUUGACCGGGGUCAUCCUAGGGAAAACACUAUCCUCUGAGAUCCCAGAUCAUGAGACUGUAAGCUCCUCAAGACCAGGGAUUGUCUACUUUAUCAUUGUCUCCCCAGCACCUCCCACCCUGCAUCCUGCCCCAGCAGAUAACAAUUUUUCACAGCAUAUGGUCCUGAUUAUGUGCUGGAAAUCACGCCAAGCUGCCGGCCAGACCGCAAUGAGCCCCACCGAGUCCAGCAAAUCCUCAACUACAUCAAAGGGAAUCUGAAGCAUGUGGUCUAGUUGACAAAAAGAGAUCAGGUUUCCAGAGCCGAGGAGCAGUGCCUGUAAUGAAGACAGCGUGUUUAUGCGAGCAGUGUGUGGAAUUUGUGACUGCAGGGGAAAUUUGGAAGAAAUUACUUCCUGAAAAUUUCCAAGGGGCACCAAGUGGCAGCUGGCCUCCUGGGGUGAGGCAGGCAGGCACCCCAGAGGCCUCAGCUAGGCCUAGGGGAAGAGGGAGAUUGCCAACAUUUAAAGUGUUUAUUUUUAAAAAACAUACAAAUGCCGUUUUUAAUCUAUGAAAAUUAUUUUUAAGUGAGUUGGGGAGGGGGGAUUUUUAUUUUCUUAAAGGAGGUAGACAGAAGCCGGAGGAAAGCAUGGAGCUUUGGUCACCAGUUUGUGGGGCAGGGGGAUCUGAGAGGCAGGGUUUGGGCCUCACUACCAUCCAGGGACAGCCUUGGGGGAGGGGGCCUGGUCAGCAGACUGGGAGGUGGGGAGAAGUCCACCGGUGUUGUUUUUAGGAUUAUGGAUCUAUUUUGUUUUUUAGUAAAAUCUUUGAAAACCUA